CUAGAAAAUCGAGUAAUAAGAUGAUCAACGCAGCUCCCCUAGCAUCGCCCCUCGUCAGGCUAUCCAACGCCUACCUCGUCGAUCCGGAAGAUGGCAGUCUCACCACAGCGACCGCCUCGGUCUGGAUCGACGAAAACUCUGGGAGAAUCGUACACAUCGCUUAUGACGAGGACGACGAAGUCGCCAUGAACUCGGGCCGCCGAUCGUUAGCCUCCUUUUACGCGCACAACGGCUUGGCAGAGGGAAGGGAACAUGAAUUGGAGACCUGUCGCACGGUCGAUCUCGAUCAGGCCAUCCUCUCGCCCGGACUGAUCGACGUGCAGAUCAAUGGGUGUUUCGGCGUGGAUUUCUCGGAUUGGCCGAGCGAGGACGUGCUCGGUCGGACAGCUGAGGAGGCGUACUUGGAUGGGCUGGAAAAGGCCGCGCGGGAUUUGACUUGUACGGGAGUGACGAGCUUUGUGCCGACGAUCAUCUCACAGACAUCGAAAUCGUACGAAAACAUCGUACCCGCCAUCGAGACCGCCUUCAAGCGCGCCCAAAAGUCGAUCCUCGGGUACCACCUCGAAGGACCCUUCAUCUCGACCCAGAAACCCGGUUGUCACCCGCAAGACAACCUCACUGAAGCAAAAGGCGGCUGGGAUACCUUUUUGGAGAUGUACGGGGAUGCGAACCUUGUGGCGGUCAAGGUCGACAAGGCUGGUGGGAGGAGUGGAGGGGACGUAGGAGCGGGAGGGGAGAAUGCGAUGGUCAAGUUGAUCACUGUUGCGCCGGAGUUGCAAGGCGUGAUGGGAAGCAUCAGGAAGUUGAAGGAUGCUGGGUUCGUUGUCAGUAUGGGGCAUUCGACUGCCACGACAUCGCAAGCGCUGGAAGCCGUCAACCGGGGCGCCUCGAUGAUUACACACCUAUUCAACGCCAUGCCUCAACUUCACCAUCGUGAACCUGGUAUCCUGGGUCUGCUCGGGAUGAACCAAGCUACGAGCUCCGGCCCCGGUCGACUUUCGCUACACACCUCUCAGAUGGUCCGAUCCGUCGCGGCAUCUCCCCGUCGUUGCGACCCCUCCGACGAACCUCCCUUCACUCGAUCGCGAUCCGGAUCCUCUUCCGACGAAGUCCUCUCGUCCAGUCCCUCUUCGGCCAUGUCUCAGCAGAGGAGGACGAGAUCGACGCUCAUGAACCUGGAGACGGAUCAGUUUGGCGCGCAGACGGUGACGAGGAGGUCGGAUUCGCGUAAACCUUAUUGGAGCAUCAUCGCCGAUGGUGUACAUGUUCACCCGAUGGCGGUCAAUCUGGCAUAUCAGAGUCACCCAGAAGGCUGUGUGCUGAUCACCGAUGCCGUCCAACUUAUGGAUCCUGCUCUUCCUGACGGUCUCUACCCUUGGAGAUCACCGGAACACCUCAUCGAAAAGUCUGGCGAUUCGAUCACCCUCAGCGGGACCGACACGUUAGCAGGCGCUGCCGUAUCUCUCGAUACCUGCGUGCGUAACAUGUCGACCUUUUGCUCGAUCCCUCUUUCCCGGGCUAUUCAUCACGCUACGAGGACGCCGGCGAAAGCAUUGGGACUCAAGGUGGAAUCUACCAAGGGAGCCAUCAGGGUCGGUUGGGAUGCGGAUCUUUGUGUCUGGGAUAGAUUCACGGGGCAGGUGCUGUCGACGUGGGUUGGUGGAAAAGAGAUCUACAACUCCACGUCGGUCAAAGCAUGAGACGAGUAAUUUGCAUCUAGAUGAGGUUAUUCUUGUACGAUAGUUGUAAAAGUAUCGCUUGCAAGCGAGCCCAACCGGUCUGUCAUCUGCCAUGGACAGAAUCAAUAUGGAAACUGGUCAAACUGGCGUAUGCCGCCGCCAGAGUGAGCUGUUCUUGAAUCCGACGUUGAAUUGCAACAAUGAG